AUGGCGGCCAGACCCGCCUUCUACCCAUAUGACCACAUCGAAAAAGAGAGAAAAAAUGUAGUGGCUGAAUUCAGAGAACUACAACUCUGGUUAGAAGGACAGGAGAAGCUUCUGUUGGCUAGAAUGGAAGAGACGGAGAAGGAGAUUAUGGCAAUAAAGAAGAAAGGUUUGGCCAAGCACACGGAGGAUCUGUGCUCUCUUGACGAUCUCAUCCAGGAGAUAGAGGAGAAGCAUCAGCAGCCAGCCAGCAAACUCUUACAGGACAUUGGAAGCAUCUUGAAGAAGUACCAGGCGAAGAAAACAUAUGAGAAUCCGGUGGAUUUACUUGUAGACCCGAUGUGGACAAUCUGGGAUUACAGUGAUUUCGCUGUGCUUCUGAAAAGUGCCAUGAAAAAAUUUAGAG